AUGCUUUCUUCUGCCAAGCUCACCAUGCCUCUGGAUAUCGACCCCAACUAUGUUCUGCAGGCCGCGCGACUGACGGCCAUUGUUGCAGCGGCGCCUCGUCAGGACGACCCUCGCUAUCCGGACUGGGAGACGAGGAUUUACCUCGAAGUGAGUCAGCUUGAAAAGAGUUUCCCGCAGCCCUUGAAGUCGUUGAGGAUGCCUGGGAUCGUCAUCAGCGCGUUGCUGGAAUUCACCCGGGCAUACCAGCAGAAGGCCCUGGCACGGCUGGACCACAUAUCGAACGACGAUGAGAGGAUAUACAAGAGGUACCCUCUGGCUGUGCGCGAGUAUGGGGAGUGUGAGGACCUGGGAAGGCAGUGGUGGACUGAAGAUCCAUAUUGCAAGCUGCCACCGGUGAAGAGUACGCAAGCGGAGGGCUGGGGCAAUGUGCCAGCCGAUGACGACACCCAGGGACGUGGCGAGGAGGACCUGGCUACCGGGGACCUCGUCACCAAGGGGAAAGGCAAGGAGAGAGCUGACAACGACGUCGGGACAGGCAUGGUGGGUGAGCGUAUCGUCCACGUGGAGGCGGGGGAGGACAAGGGAAAGGGCAAGAGAAAGGAGAAGGCACAGGGGAAGGCGGUGCAUGCGAUGAGCGAGGAAGAGGAUGGGGGAGAGGGAGAGGGAGAGGGAGAGGGAGAGGGAGAGGGAGAGGAGCAGGAGGGCGAGGACGAUGAUGAUGCCGACAGUGACGAGGACGACGAUGCCGACAAAGAUGACGACGAUGAGAUGGCAGAAGACGUGCCGGGUGCAGGCCAGCCCGAAUCCAUCGAGGUCGAUGCGGCGUCGCCCCCUCCGCCAACUGCCAGACCAAUAUCGAUCUUGCCAGCUGCCCCAUCACUCCGAAAGCGCAAGGCGGUCAUCACAGAGUCGAGUGAGGAGAGUGAGAACGAGGAGGCGGCUCCGAAGGUGAAGCGGAUGAAGCCGAUCGAGGUCGCAAAGGAGAAAGGCGAGGCCCCGACCACCUCUGGCUGA